AUGGUGAAACAUAAAGAUUAUAAAAAAAGUGACCUCAUACGUAUUUUGUCAUCUAAUAUUAGUAAAGAAAGAAAUAAGGCAGUAAAAUUAUUAAAAAAAUUUGAACCCUUACCAAGAAAACAUUUAGAUAAUAAAUUCGAUCCCAAAAAUAUUGUUGUUCAUAAGAACAAUGUUUUAAAAGCAUUUAUGUGCUGGAGAUGUGAUAAAGUAAAACAAACAAACGUUAAGGUUCAUUGGGAUACCAGUGAAGGAAUGAAAAUUAUAUGCACUUCUUGCCAUAGUAAUUUAAUUUCAUUGAAAGAGAUGGAGAAAAUGAGAAAGGAAAAUAGUACAAAUAACGAGUUUUUAAAAAAUUUAAGUAAUAUGUAA